AUGAGUUGUUCAAUGUUCUCGUCAUAUUUAUAUACUCCAGAAUUUCUAGAAAUCGGAUUUCAUAUAACUUCUAUAGUUUCGAUACCAUGUCAUAUUAUGGCUUUAUAUUGUGUUAUUUUCAAAACUCCUGUCAAAAUGGAAUCCGUCAAAAUGACCAUGUUAUCUUUAUGCAUUUGGACAAUUAUUCUCGAUCUACAGAUCACUGUUUUAUCUGCACCAUUUGUAAUGUUUCCUGUUAUUGCGGGAUUUCCUAUUGGAUAUUUGACAUUUUUAGGAAUUAGUACACCUAUUCAGACGGGAAUUACAGUUUUGGCUUUAGUAGGUAUGCAUGAUCUCCAAAUAAGAAUUUUCGAAUAUAUUAUUUCUCUAACAGGUUGCAUAACAUCAAUUGGAUGUUUACUUGCUAACAGAUAUUGUCAAAUAACUUCGAAAGAAUCAAAGUAUCAACAAGUAUACCUUUAUUGUUUUAAUCUUAUAUUCACAAUUCUACUUUUAAUUUAUUGUAUGUCAGGUGUGCCUGAUCAAGUUUUCGCUGUUCCUCUGGUUUAUAAAGUAAGCACUUUUUGGAAAUCAUAGAUGUAUCUAAUUAUGAUGAUUAUUUUUUCUAGCAAUUACCUUGUGUUCCGGACUAUGUUAGAAAUCGAGCUGUUUUUGUAAUUCAUUCUGAUCCAGCUAUAAUAGGAAUUUGUAUUGGUACUCUUGUAUUAUUAUUUAUUAUUGAAUAUUUUUAUUUUCUGACAGCUACAAUGUAUCAUAUUAAAUACAAGUUUAACCCAAGUUUAUCAAAAAGGACAAAAUCAUUACAAAAAUCAUUUUUCUAUUCGAUUUCUUUGCAAAUCCUAAUUCCAAUUUGUAUUAUUUGUGUUCCUUGGGGCUAUGCUGUUUAUUCUUGUUUAUUAAAAUAUUAUAACCAAGCGUUCAAUAAUUUAUUGACUAUGGAUAUUGGUUUGCAUGGCAUAAUUUCAUCACUUUCUUUGCUUUUCAUUCACAAACCCUACCGUGAAACUAUAUUUUGUAACAAAACUAAAAAAGUAUCUGAAUCAACUUUGUAUGCUGGAUCUAAUAUGAUUUUUCGGAGAAAUAAUUUGAUUGUUGGACAUUCAUCAAUUUCACACAAAUAG